AUGCUCACGAAGCAAUCAUUGACACAGCUGCAGAAGAAGCCGUGGUCGGGCCAGGCAUUGGCGGUUCGGCCAAGAUCAAUGGCGUCUGGGACAUUCCUCUUGGAGAAUGGCCGUCGCACCAUGAUGAAGCGGACACCAUCCGGCCAUCGUUCGAUUUCAGUCCGUGAGUUUGGUGGUGCUGGGUCUGCACCACUCAUCAUUCGAUGUGAUGAGAAGGAUGUCAAGCUGACCACCUACAAUAUUUUAUCCCCACCGCUGGCAUCACCGCAACAGUUUCCCUCUUGCGAUCAGAAGGACUUGCUGAAGGAGGUGCGUUUGCCGAAAAUUUUUGCCCGCCUGCAGAAGGCAGCAGAUGAGGAACGCAUCAUCGCCUUGCAGGAAGUGGACUUGGAGUGGGCUGGCAAACUCCAUUCCUUCUUUGCUGAGAGAGGUUACGCAGUCGUGUUUGCGCAGUAUGGCAAGCAGACCAACGGCUACAUGGGAGUCAUGCUUGCUUGGCCAACUAGGUGUUAUGAGGCGGUGGAUGUCGAGAUCUGCAGACUUGCGGAUACUGCGCCUAAAAAUGCGUGGCCGGUUCAAAAGUCGAAGACCGGCCUUGCAAGAUUUGGGUACUUGACCUACGAUGGCCUAACGGAGAUCCUGGGAUGCAAACCUCCUGAAUUGGACAGGAACAGCGACGGCGAAUGGACUUUGGCCCAAAAUCGCUAUAAUGAGGCAAUAUUUGCGAAGCUGAAACGCAGGGGAACUUCAAGCGUAUUCAGUGUGGGAACGUAUCACAUGCCAUGUUUAUUUGGAACAACCGAGAAAGUGCGGGCCGUCAACAUUCAUAGCCGCUUGUUGCUGAACAGGUUAAGCAAGUUUGCUGACGGCACGCCAGUUGCAUUGAUGGGCGACUUCAACUUCAUGCCAGGCACUACGCCAUACCAGCUUCUUGAAAGGGGAGGUUCUGCUGAAGGCAUUCAAGUUGUGAAGGAAGUGAACAUUUUGGAUCGACUACCUUCCUGCCAAUUUCAGAGCCUCCAAAGUGCUUACAAGGCCUUCUACGGCCAAGAGCCUUUGUUCACAAACUACGCUCUGUCUGGAUCACAACGGGAGCCCUUCAUGGGUACGCUGGACUACAUUUGGUUCAGCCCUGACAAGCUGAAAGUGGUUGCAUGUGAGAAGCUGUUGCGAAAAGAGGAUGUGAGGAGUCCUUUUCCCAAUAAUGAUGAGCCGUCAGACCAUCUGCCCUUGAACGCCACUCUGCGCUUUAUUUGA